AUGACCACUCUGCGAGACAAAAAGCGAAGUUUCAAUGAGAAAGACCGAGCUGGAGUCCCGAUACAGCCUCGUCUAAAGCUUAAUAAGCGGCUUGUCUUACGCAGACCGCCUCAGUUGGGUAGCGUGGCUCGUCCAAGCCCUCCGAACUCUCAAACAGCAAGCGGUGAACCUCGAAAUGAGAUCAGCGAGAAACCUGUCACAAAGCCAGAGACAAUUGCUGAACCACCCCCUGAAAAGGGGCCGGAGGCUCAGAACAUAUUGUUGGCAACAGAAGAGAAACCCGUCCAUUUGGCCUCGGACUCUCUGGAAAAGGCACAAAAGAAUAUCACGGAAGCGACAACAAAAAACCCAGAGCUCGAGAGAGUGGAGUUUGCUCUCGAGCAGUAUGGCGAAGCAGAGGACUCUGAGGAGGAAGAUUUACCAUCUAUGGAAAUUAGACAGGAACUAUUUUCUUUAGUCAAGUCGUUUCCAGGCCUGUCUUCCAAGUACAAGCUAAUAGACAAAAUCGGUGAGGGAACAUUUUCCACCGUUUACAAAGCAUACGACCUACAUCGCAUAUCUGAAACUAGCAUAGGGAAAGCGGCUUGGAAUUCCCCACCAAAGGGCCAUGUGGAUAAGUCCACGCAAGUGUCUGACAUCCCAAUUGUUGCAUUGAAAAGAAUUUAUGUCACGUCUUCCCCUUCGAGAAUAUACAAUGAGCUUCAACUCUUGCACGGUCUAGUAGGAUGUCCGAAUGUGGCCCCACUAAUAGAUGCUAUUCGUUAUGAAGAUCAAGUCAUUGCAGUGUUGCCCUUUUAUAAGCACGCAGAUUUCCGCGAUUUCUACAGAGACUUACCCCUGUCUGGAAUAAAGAUAUACAUGCAUGAGCUUUUUACUGCCCUGAGUUUUGUGCACGAGAAAAAGAUCAUUCACAGAGAUAUCAAGCCUACCAAUUUUCUAUAUAACCCAUUGACUAGGCGAGGAGUUCUGGUUGAUUUCGGACUUGCCGAAAAAGAAACAGAAAUUGACUACGCAGCUUGCCCUUGUUUCCAGGGAGGGCCAGCAGCUGAAGACAUUGCGCCUGUCAAUGCGUUCCCUACGAAGGGAUACCCGAAAGAUGACCGCAGACCAGGAAGGCGUGCCAAUAGAGCCGGAACUCGUGGAUUCAGAGCACCUGAGGUGCUGCUGAAGUGCGCAAAUCAAACCGUCAAGGUCGAUAUAUGGUCUGCUGGAGUCAUGUUGCUUACACUUCUAUCGCGAAGGUUCCCUUUCUUCAACUCCACAGAUGACACCGCUGCCCUCAUUGAGAUAACAAAUAUUUUCGGGCUCUCUCAGAUGCGCAAAUGCGCACAGCUGCAUGGAUUGGGCCUGGAAAGUAACCUGCCCAAAAUUGAGUCCACCCAAUCGCUAGGUGCGUUGCUAUACACAUCAAUCUUCCUGGAGGCCAAACAGGGCGACACGCUAGCGGAAGACUCUCCUGCUUGGGAGCUGUUAUCUGCUUUGGAUAAAAAAGGACGUCCUGCCGAGACUAAGCUGGGAAGUGACUAUGCAGAAGCUCUCGAAGUACUCGAAUUAUGCUUGAGACUAAAUCACAACGAGAGAAUUACUGCAGAUGAUGCGCUGAAGCUGCCCUUUUUCCGGUCAGGAUCUAAUGACGUCGACGAUAUUAUCUUAGACUAG